AUGCAUCCCGAUACUCAGUCUUUGAAAAUAUGCAUCCUAGGUGCUGGCAUGGGCGGUUUAACGACCGCACUUGCCCUUGCACGGGUGGGUUUCUCGGACAUAACAGUGUUUGAGAUAGCAUCAAGUCUUGGUUUUGUUGGUGCAGGCAUUCAAAUGGCACCCAACAUGGCUCGCAUACUUGACCGGCUAGGCGUUUGGCAAGACAUUGCAAAGGAGGGUGUCGUUUUGAAUGAAACCAGUAUUCGCCAGGGAUCAACAGAUAGUGAACUGGGCCACGUUGAUCUCAAGUACAUUCGAGAAACUUACGGCUACCCACACAUGGUUGGACAUCGAGCCACAUUAGCGGGAGAGCUCUACAAUGGGUGCUUACGAGAGUCGAAGAGCAUCACUUUCAAAUUUGCAACCACAUGCGAAGACAUCAAGUUUGGUCCUCGACCAAGUUUCACAGCAAUACCCAGGAAAGAUGGCGACCCGUACGAGGUUGAAUGCGAUGUACUUCUUGGUGCGGAUGGCGUGAAGUCCAGCACAAGAGUUGCCAUGCUCCAAGCUUUGGAUGUUGUCGCGAAUGUCCAGGACACAAAUCAAGCAGCAUACCGGAUAAUGUUAACCCGAGAGCAAAUGUCUAAUGAUCCAGAACUACUGGCGCUCAUCGAUGCGGACAAAGUAAUACGCUGGAUCGGUGAGAAAAGACACUUGAUCGCCUACCCCGUGUCCAAUAAGGAGAUUUACAAUAUCUCCACCACACAACCAGAUGUCAAUUUCGCCGCUGCGCCUUCAGCCACUUACACGACUAAGGGAUCCAAAAAGGCCAUGCUAGAUGUUUAUGAUGAUUUCUGUCCCAUGAUCCACAGGAUGCUUGAGCUUGUCCCCGAGGGAGAAGUCUGCGAAUGGAAGUUGAGGGUUCAUGAGCCACUGCCUACGUGGGUACAUGGAUCCGUUGCGCUCGUGGGAGACGCCUGUCAUCCAACGCUUCCCCAUCUGGCUCAAGGUGCAGCUCAGGCAAUCGAAGACGCCGCCGUGCUAGGAGUCGUGCUAUCGCACCUUCCCAAUAAUGCAACGCCUUCUGACAUCAACAAGGCACUUAAGCAAUAUGAAAAGGUGCGCAAGGAGCGUGCUGAGACACUUGUUGAACUUGCUGCAGCUUCCGGAAGAGGGUUGCAUCUUGGGGACGGCAAGGCUAAGGAGGAGCGUGACAAACAGUUUGCAGCAUUAAAGGCCGGCAAGGGUCCAGUCCCAGACAAGUGGGCCGAUGCCGAUGUACAGAGGAAGAUCUACGGUCAUGAUUGCGUUCAAGUCGCAGAGGAUCUGGUCAAAGCAGAGUCAAAUAGUGCUUAA